AUGGAGCCGAACACUGCUUCUUCGCCCGAGUGGCACCGAACGGGUGGCCGCUCCGCCGCGCGGAGCGCAGCUGUGCGGCCGGUGAGUUCAACAGCGACAUUCAAUAGGGCUGCAACUUCCUUUGGCCCCUGCCACUUCGACCUUUCUGCCACCGUUUUGGCUGCCGCGGCCGCCCUGCGCACCUUCACCCGCACUGCGCGGGCACGGCGCUGUUGUGCGAGUGGAGCGGAGCUGCCGGCGGUGCGCCGGCGGGAGACGGGCGCUGCUUUAUUGGCAGCAGAGGUCGCCGCCGCGGCGGGGGAGGCCACCGCGGCGACGCCCUCCGCUGCAAGCGACACCGAAGGAGGCGGCGCCGCGUGGCGCCGCUUCCCCACGGACUUCGUGUGGGGCGUGGCGACGGCUGCGUUUCAGAUUGAGGGUGCUGUGGCGGAAGAUGGGCGGGGUCCAUCCAUUUGGGACACCUUCUCCCAUGUGAAGGGCAACAUCUACGAAGACGCCAAUGCAGACGUGGCGUGUGACCACUAUCACCGCUACGAAGAGGAUUUGCAGCUGGUGAAGCAGCUGGGGGCGAAGGCCUAUCGCUUUUCCAUCUCCUGGUCGCGGGUCUUGCCCACGGGCGUGGUCGCCGAUGGCGUCAACGAGCAGGGCCUGGCCUUCUACGAGCAAAUCUGCCGAGGCUGCCUUGCGAGAGGCGUGGAACCCGUGGCGACGCUGUACCACUGGGAUUUGCCGGAAGCGCUGGAGGCGGAGGGGGGGUGGCUGAAGCGCUCCACCGUGGGGCACUUUGGUCGCUUCGCGCAGCUUUGCUUUGAGCGCUUGGGGCGCUACGUGAAGACCUGGUGCAGCAUCAAUGAACCCUGGACUCAAUGCAUCCUGGGCUAUUGCUUUGGCUCGCAUGCGCCCGGCCGCAACGUGAAGCCGGGCGAGGAGCCAUACUUGGCAGCGCACCACAUGCUGCUGGCGCAUGCCAAAGCACAGGAGAUCUAUCGCACACUCAAGCCCAAAGAUGGCAGGCUGGCGAUGGUCUUGAACACCGAGUGGCCUGAAGCACAAGAGCCGGAGAAUCCGGAAGAUCAGGCAGCCGUGGAGAGGCACAAGGUCUUCAACUUGGAUUGGUUUGCAAGGCCAUUGUACGAUGGCGACUAUCCUCCACUGAUGCGUUCGCGAGUGGGUGAGCGGCUGCCACGCUUUACGGAGGCGGAGCAGAAAAGUCUGAAAGGCUCCAAUGAUUUCUUCGCGCUGAACUGCUACUCGGCACGCUAUAUCUGCGAGGAUACGGCCUGGCGCAAGUGGCAGAACACUGCUGCCACCUUGCGGAUUCUGCCCUACAUCGCAGACGUGCCCCUUCAGAAGCUCAAGGCGGCACUUGCGUCCAACAAGACCGACGAGGGCAGCACGGGCGAGGAGGUGCCUGUCGGUGGUCCAGCGCAGGCGCGCGGACUGCCGGCCACGAGUUGGAUCACAGAUGCGGGCUAUGAGACUGCCGUUCCCUUAGAUGCGGAGCUGACGGCCACGGGCUGGCCAGUGGCCCACUAUGGCCUGGCCCGGCUUCUACUGGACCUGCAGCGCCAUUAUGCGCCGCGGGGCGGCAUCGUGGUCACCGAAGCUGGGGCUGCCUUCGACGACGACCGGCGAGGAGCUGCGGGCAGGCGCCAGGCGGCGUACCUGCGGGGGCAGAGCGUGGCCUUGAGGCGUGCCAUGGCGGAGGGUGCUGAUGUGAGGGGUUACUUCUGGUGGACCUUGAUGGAUAACUUCGAAUGGAGCUUCGGCUACUCCAAACACUUCGGCCUCUAUGCCCUGGACGUCGACCUGACGCGCUGGCCGCGCGCGGAGGGCGCCGAGGCCUUUGGGCGCCUGGCGGCGCGCCAGGCGCUGGCGCCGGAGGUGACACUGGAGGAGUUUACUCGAUGCCUCGAUCGGCCGGAUGGGAAAAAAGCGCGGGUGGUGGGGGUUGAAAGGGGUUUACGGGUGGGAGAAAGGAACACGGUGGCGGUUUGGCAUAUCUAUAGUAGCUAUACAUUCAAACAUGCAUAUUUUUGA